GACUUUUCGGAAAAAGGAGGAGGAGGAGGAGUUGCUGCUGAAACUAGAAAUGGAGAACGCCCUGAGUUGGCAACCAACCGAUCGGAUAUUUCCCGUCCCGUUCCGUUCGAGCGCAAGCCCACCAGGCCUGGCCCAGCGGAGGUCGAUUCAACCCCACACGAAUCCCCCGCUCGGAGUCGCGGCGGCGGCGGAGGAAGAGCCGUGAAUAAUGGCGCUGCCGGUGGCGAAGCUGGGCACCCUGGCGCUGCGGACCCUGUCCAAGCCCAUCGCCAGCCGCCUCAAGAACCAGGCCGCCGUCCACCCCAAAUUCCGCAACUUCAUCGUCGCCAUCGCCCAGAUAAACCAUCGUAUCACCACAAAGAUACAAAGGCGCAUUUAUGGGCAUGCGACAGAUGUGGAGAUCAGGCCUCUAGAUGAGCAGAAAGCAGUACAAGCUGCUACGGAUCUCAUCGGAGAAGCCUUUAUCUUUUCGGUCGCUGUUGCUGCUUUAAUUUUUGAGGUUCAAAGAAGUGCAAGGUCAGAGGCUAGGAAGGAGGAAGCUCGUAAGCAGGAACUUGAGGAAUUGAAACAAAGGGAAGAUAGUCUAGCAAAGGAAUUGGAGGAUCUUAAAUUGAAGCUGAAUGAAAUCGAGCGGCUUGCUAAAGGACGAGGCCUAACAGGAAUCUUGAACUUGAAAGGGGUCCAUGGGGCAGAAGGCGGCAAGGCAGCGACACCUGCAUGAUCCAACUUUGGUUGCUAAGUGGUGCGCUGAAACACCUGGAAAUUGCCGAUUGGUUUCCCUAUUGUUUCUUGGCUGCUGUGUUGGCAUGGCCAUUAUAUUCUUUGGAUCAGAAUUUGCAGUGGCUGAUCCAACCUGAAAAUAAUAGUUUGUAUAAGUUGUUGUGCGAACUCUUGCUGUGAGCAACCUAGAAAUGACAUGAAGCCGUGACCCUCCUCUCA